AUGGAAGACUUACUGUGGACGGUCAUUGUUGGGUUCGUCAUCGCCUUUAUUCUCGCCUUCGCCGUCGGAGCCAACGACGUCGCCAAUUCGAUCGGGACGUCUGUCGGCGCCAAAGUGUUGACCCUACGACAGGCCUGUGUUCUCGCCAGUGUCUUCGAGCUGUUGGGAGCCAUACUGGUCGGUGCCAAAGUGUCGGACACGAUACGGAAGGGCAUCGUGGACGUGAACGUGUACAAUGGCACGGAGGAGCUGCUCAUGUUCGGAAAUGUGGCCGCUUUAUCAGGCAGCGGUGUAUGGUUGUUGGUGGCCACCUUCGCCCGGUUACCUGUGUCUACCACCCACAGCAUCGUCGGCGCCACAGUCGGCUUUACACUGGUGGCAGCGGGAGCAAAGGGCGUAAACUGGGUCCAAGUCGCACUCAUUGUUAGUUCCUGGGUCAUCUCUCCCGUCUUAUCUGGACUCAUCACUUCAGCAUUCUUUAAGUUUGUGGAGUUCUUCAUCUUGAAAAAGGACCAGGCAGCCCAAAUUGGACUGAAGUUCCUUCCAGGAUUUUAUACAUUCACCAUAAUCAUCAACCUGUUUUCUAUAUUCUACACAGGAGCACCAUUGUUGGGAUUUGACAAGAUCCCCCUGUAUGGAGUGUUUAUCCUGAGUUUUGGGGGAGGGCUGCUGACUGGUCUGCUGGUUUGGCUGUUCCUUGUGCCCUGGAUGAGAAGAAAAAUCCAAGAAAUUCACGAAGCCAAGUUGUCCCAGGUGCCCUCACAGUGCAUGUGGCGUCAAUCCAUCGAACAUCUCUCCAAACUACCCAACACCAAACUAGCAAACUCUGUCAUUCUAUCUAAGUAUGAGGUUCAAGAAGACAAGGCUCAUUGCAACAUGGCCUUUGAAGAAACAGAGAGAGGGGGGAACCUUAGAGACGCUCCCCAGUCAAACGGUGUUAACAUGGCUUAUGAAGAAACGGAGGGAGAAGAGAACUUUAGAAACGCUCCCCAGGCAAACGGUGUAAUAUCGAUUGUCUCCCAGAAUGGCACGACCUGUCCAACGGAUAUAAGUUCAAAUACAAAGGAAACAUCUUCAGCAAACGGACAUACCUGCUACGGAGCGGUUUUAAGCACUGCCCCAGAGGAAGGUACAGCCAAUAGCAGCUUGCCAUCAAAAGAUGUGGAGAAACUGGAAGACCACGAAGAUGUAAACACACAUGUGAACAUCAGAGAAGCCCAGGACACGCCCGAAGUCGGAAAGUUGUUCCAGUUUCUUCAGGUGUUAACUGCAGGAUUUGGAGCUUUUGCCCACGGAGGAAAUGAUGUCAGUAAUGCGAUCGGCCCCGUGGUGGCGCUGUGGCUGAUCUACCAGGACGGAAACGUUGCUCAGAAGUCGGCUACACCGAUCUGGAUCUUAUUCUAUGGAGGAGCAGGCUUGAUCAUCGGACUGUGGGUACUGGGCCGCCGGGUCAUCAAAACAGUUGGAGAGGACCUGACCCCUAUCACCCCUUCCAGUGGAUUCACUAUCGAGAUUGGAGCAGCUACUACUGUACUUAUUGCGUCCAACAUUGGCAUUCCUAUCAGUACAACACACUGCAAGGUCGGUUCAAUUGUUUUCGUCGGGUGGCUGAGAUCUCGAACGUCGGUGGACUGGAAACUGUUCCGCAACAUCGUGUUUGCCUGGGUGGUCACUCUGCCGGUCGCGGGUGGCAUUUCAGCCGCAGUCAUGGCUCUACUGCGACUCGCGCUUUGAUGUUUGCCGAAGUCCACUUCUUAGUUUUAGCAAGUCUUUUAAGCUAGGGGGACAAUCUGCCGUACGUGCAAAUAUGUGCUGUCUACGUGCCAAAAACAGUGGCAAUCUUUUAGGAUCCUUAAGUAGUAUGUACCGCCUACGUACGAACUCGUAGGGAAUCCGAUGGAUUUUGGAGCACGCAGACACGCCGUAGAACUUUACGCGCAGGCAAAACUUUGAGUGCAAUCGGGCUGAGGAUUCGCCCCCGUACGUGCCAGUACGGGCGACGCGCCUGCCCUGUACAGCCUGAACGUUUUCAGAAAUACGUUGCGGACGUGGCCUCCCAAAAAACGUACGGACAAAUUGCACGUACGGCCGGUUGUGCCCUUAGCUUAAUAAACCUAUUCGUGUGUAGGGGUGGUGCUCAUCACAUCACUGUUUCUAUAGCCCAUGGGCCACACAACCCACUACAGAAUGGUGCUAGUACAUUGAUAAGCUUCUCAGUAUGCAUCUCAUUACAUUGGAAAGGGAUGUUGAUGUUAAGUAUAUACCUAAAAUUGUGAAUAUUUUAUGCUGACAAAACAUUACAAUAUCAUGUACGAGGCAAGCGCUAUAUCUUUAGUCAUGUAAUAUUGGUAUGGCAGUUUGAUAAUACUAUAAUAUCAAUACCCAUAACACAUUAUAAUAGCACAAUACUCCCACACACAGGUUUUAUAUGUAUGUAUAUACGAAUUUAUGUACGAAAUGGAAAAAAGCAAGAUAGGCAUUGUCGGUUUGGUUUUCUACUUGGUAGACCAGGGGGGAAGGUUUUUUGAUUUUCCUGAUGUUUUGUAGUUACAUCUUGUUGGCAUCUUGAGUGUAUGUUUAAAAACACACGAUGCACCAAAUACUCUAUAUCAACGUGUUAAACACUACAUUUACACUCACAUUUAUGACAUUGUAUGUAUACUGAAUUUGGGAAGCUUUUUGAAUUAAAAAAAGUUUAACAUUUAUAACAAGCUUGGUACUUAGGGAAACAAACUUAAUAUAAAAAAAAAAACUUUUCCUGAUGUUAGUGCAAAACAUUGAAUCGCUAUAAAAUGUUAAGACAAUAUGACAGAAGUGCGCUUGCUGUAUCAGACAGCUCACUUUGGUGGGAAACCCUAUCCAACAUGCAUGCCUCCAGCCCUUAUACUCUGCAUGUUCAAGCUACUGUACCAUACAUGAAGUUUCGUGGUUAGGCCUGGGGCGUUAUCUUGUUUUUAUACGAAAAAAAAUGGACAAUGUGAUACCACAGGCUGUAUGGUUUAGUGUUGUUCCAGUAUACAAUGUUAUGACUGCAAAUACGCUAUAGCUAUAUCAUACCCACAAGGGCAACUGAACAGAAUUGAUCUGAAGUCAAGGUCCUCAUCGCUUCCCGAUGGACGAACAUCAUUAUAUCAUAUAUACUUUUGGUUUAGAUACACAUGUAGAUACAUACAAAAGACAACACAUCAUAAAAGCAAUGUGAGAUAUGUACAUGUACAUGUACAUGCACGUCAUGGCUUGACGUCAUUGAGACGGCGCUAAUAAAUUUGUUACAUAAAUGAAUG